UUUCAGGACUGUACUUACUUUAACCGAGCUGAUAUAUUAAGGUAAGUUAGAAUAACUGCUGGGAUAAUUAAGAUCUCAUGCAUUUCUCUAAAACAAAUUAAACACAAGGUACAAGAGUACACAGAAUUAUAUGUACUAGAGUGAUAAACAGUUAUAUUUCACGCGAUUGAAGGUUGAUCUAUUUUCAUGAUAUAUCAGACUAAGUUGUUCGAAAAUUAAUUGAUGCUUUUAACCUGCCGGCCAAAUUUAUAGAUCUCGAAAACUGAAAAGAUUUACAUUAACGUCAUACUGGAUACUCAUGACAAUUUUGUUCAUUUUUAAUUAUAUCUUUUUUUUUAAGUUAAAGCUAACGAAAGAAAGUAAUGAGUUUCAGGGGACAAUUACACAACAAAUGUGGCCAUGCAAUCAUUUUAGGCUAAUCAGUGAUAACCUGAUUUAAAUCCCUGUAAAGUGGUACUAUAAAUUUUCAUAUAACCCCAUCUAUCAGAUGCACCUUCAACUUCUCAGUCGAAACUUCCUCCCGAUGGAAAGCACCAUGUAGGAAAAACAUUGGACCAGUUCAGUUAUUAUAUAUAUUACACGCAUGUAGGCUUGAUGAGACGGCUUGGGACCCAAGUUCUUUACUCAUUAUAUUUACUAACUGUUAUAUAUGUGAGAAUCUCUUGGAUACCACUCGACUAGAUCAACGCAUCAGUCUUUCACAUACCUUUGCGAUCAUGUGAAGGGGGUGGCCCGUUUCCGUCGGCCUUUGACUAUUUGCUAUUCAAUUCAUGCCUUUAAUAAUUGUUAUUACGCUUAAGAAUUACUCCAAGAAGUUUAAAGCCAGGGCUUUUAUUCCCUCUUCUGUUUGCGGGAUAGACUUUCUCAUUUGUUAUUGUUUUCAGAAUUCACAAAAGAUACAGGGAAUUGAACACAGACGUUAUUCCGAAGGAUUUUACAGAACUUGACGUCCAGCCUAAACUGAAAUAUAAAUUCCUUCAGCAGCUUCCAGAACUUAAAGUAAGAUAAGCUAAAUUAGCGAUUAAUGAUUUUAGUGUAUCAAAAGUAAGGUGCGAGCUGAUUUCUGGAAAAGGAUGGGUUGGCCCGCCGACUGAACACAGGCCAUCGCGGCUGAAUUGGUGAAAGACUGAAGGUUGUGCCCGGAGUCCCAAGGUCAUUAUCCCAAUAACGAUAUAUCCUAUUAAGUGACUGUUCCUAUUAAAAGGCCCACUAUUUUGAGAAACCUGAUAGUUCAGUUACAUCUUACUUUAAGAUGGCUUGGUAGAUCAGGCGUGUAAGGUCUUUACAGCCACCAAGGCGCGGAAACAUGAAAUAUAUAUAUGCGUUAUUGACCAAGGGUGAGGUCACAGAAAGCUGAACAUCGGCCAAGCUUUUUUUUUUUGCCUUUUUUAUGGACUGAGACCGAGUCGAGGUCUAUCAAAACUUUUAAAAGAAAUUGAAGACGAGUCACUGUUUCUUGGCAGGAGAAUCCCUUUAGAAGGAGGAUCUGCGAGGUAUUUUCACUGAAAGGAGACGGUGCCUUAACAUUUGACGACUUUCUGAACAUGAUGUCAGUUCUUAGUGAAUCGGUGAGUUUGACAUCAACUGGAAAACUGUUUAGACUAUUUACUCUAUCUCUUGCUGAUUAGUGAAGGCGACUUAUCAUCUUAGUAAGUAAGGUUGAUGACAAUUCACCAAAAGCACAAAAGUCAUGAAUUUUUCGUUCUCAUUUUACAGGCACCAAGAGAACUGAAGGCAAAGUACGCAUUCAAGAUAUUUGGUAAGACUAGAAGUCAAUAGUCGUAAUAGCGCAAACUACCCCAACCCGGCCCCAGAUCAUGGAUACGCGUUUGAGUCUUUUUGAGGCGCAUUUAACUUCAUGUUGCGAUUAAGGCAUCAUUCUCAGCAUUUUUGCUCAGUUCAGGUGAUUUGUCCAACUUCUGGCCGACAGUAAAGUGUUGACUACUUUCUAGGCCGAAAAUACCUGUUAACUUGGGAGGAAACGUGGGAAGUCCAGAAGGCAAUCCAUACAAAUAUCUCAAAAGAUGCAGCAAAGCCAAUACUUAGCAUACGCGUUGUCCUUCGUUUUAGGCCGGGCAAUGACUUAACAACAACAACAAUUACAAAAAAAAACUUUAUUUCAAGAAUUUAACUUAAGUAAUUACACUGACCCGCAGGUAGCAACUGCAUGCUAAUCUAGGUGGGACGGACGAAAAACUGAGGGUUAAUAAACUGUUACAGUAAAGUAUUAUUACAUAAACACAGAGUUAAGGCAACGAUAACUUAAUUUAGAAGUUUAAGAGAAAAUCAGUUGAAACUUUAUAAACACUUAAUUAUUUAUUUAGCCAGCCCAACUUUUUGUAUAAUGAUAGGUGUUUCUAUUAUAGUCAUUUUCUUUUACUAAAAUAUCUAGAUAUGAGUCAGCGAAUUUCUCUUUUAAAUUCUUUCUCGGAUUAUAGAUUUCCCUGGCACCGUAUUUCCUCACUUCACUUUGAUCUGCUCACUUUUUGAGAUAAGGCACUAACUGGGUAGCUCUACUUUUAAAAUCUAUUUCUGCUUUAUCAAGAUUUUGAUGGCGACAAUUAUCUCGGUAAGGAAGACUUAAAAUUGACCCUGCGAGCCAUCACAGCAAACGAACUUUCCGACGAAGAGAUGGAGUUUGUCACUGAUAAGGUAAACGAUGUCGUGCAUUUUCUGGUAAAAAUCUAGUCACGUGUGCUAAUUACUCAGGUGAUUACUUGACCGUGCUUACUUUUCGGGUAGUGAAUUCAGUUGUAACCUGAGAUCAGGCUCUAUUUUCGUUUCGCUUUGAAAAUUACAUUCCGGCGGACAUGGCAUGGUAGCCGUUAGAGAGAAUGUAUGAGAACCGCUAAAAUUGGGCCUGAUCUCAGGUUAAUUCAUUUGAUGCUUUUCAAUUGAAAUUGUAUAAACGGCACAAUUCAUAUGGUUACCAUCUAUAGCUGUCCCAUUGGCUUUCGUUUGAUUUUACAAAAUGGGUCAAAACUUUUUUCCUCUCGAUUUAUAUCUUUUUGCCGUCGUUUCGUUUAUUCUGUCCAAGAUUGCCGCAAUCUUGGACAAAAUACAUAUAGAAAGACCCGCCCUGCGAGAUCCAAAUCAAUGAUGGGAAAAGGUCCGCUUUGACCAUCGCGCGGCUUCAUCAUCCUUGAUCAGUUUGGGGAGUGGCGAUCAGGGUCUGCAUUUAUUUUUUGCUCUGUCCAAAAUUGUAGUUUGACAACCGGUAUUUCGCACUCGCACUAUCGAAACCGGAAAUGAGAAGCGAAGGACUAUUGAGAAAGUAUACUACCCUGCAUCUGUCUCUCACUCCCUUUUCGGCAGUAAUCAGUUUAUGACGAUUGGCAGAACGUUUGAAAACUUAGCUUGUCCUUUUUGUCUCAACAGUUGUUAGAGGAAGCAGACCUGGACGAAGACGGCCUGUUAUCUUUUGCGGAAUUUGAAAACGUUAUAACGAGGUCACCAGAGUUCAUAAAGUGAGUUCUGUUCUCCGUUGCAGAUUGAUGCCGGACUUAGUUUCCUGUCAAGAGCCCAUCAAUUGAUGGGGUCCUGUUUCCUGUCGAUUAAUCCUUCCUUUGCUGACUUGUCCCCAGUCGUCUCUUGGUUUCCUAUUUAAUUAAGGUGAUUUAGCAACAGAACGGGAACGUCAACUGACGACGAGAAAGCGCGCGGAACGGACUGCAAGUGACUUCCGGUGCCCAAUUUGCCGCUCUGCGAUCGGUCAAGCCAGUUGUUUGAUUUGCGCGCGCCCUCGUCAACUGCGAGGUCAAGGGAAGUCCUGAGGAUGAACAGGGAAGGAGUCUCUUCCUUUCCUCUUUUACUUUCCCAUCGUCCCCUUCGCACCAGAUACCAUUACAGUCUCCCGCGACCGUUCUGUGACCGCUUACAAGAGACGACUGGGAACGAAUCAGCUUUCUUUAUGAAAUUCCGAUAGUGUUUAAAACUGAAUUCUCAUGGGGAUUCUUUUUAUUAUUCAUUCCAGCAAUUUCCACAUCCACAUUUAG